AUGAUUUGGUACCUGUUGUAUCCUUUGCGAGGAACGACCGAAGCUCCCGUCCUUGCGCCGAACCACCCUCUCCGCCGAACCUUUGCGCGAUACGGUCGAUACGCCGCGAGGCAUGUUGUUACGACCCUCAUCAUCUCCGUUGCUGUCGCCGCAAUCCUCAUAUACCCCUUCCCGUUCCUCUACACCUCAGACUUGAGCAAUGGCGCAUCUAACCUCCCCCACCAUGUGUGGACUGCUGCGCAGCCGCUCAAGGAAAACAGUAUCGAGUCCGACGUUAUUAUGCGCUCUAUAUGGGUCCACGGCAGCUAUAUGAAGGCUUUGGACCGCGAUGUACUACUUGGUGCCCUUGAUCUUCAGGACGAGCUGCUCGGUCCCACCAAAGAUUUCAGCCCGUGGCGGCCCACUGCUAACCCUCAGGCUCACGACCCCCAUGCUGAUCUUGCACCUCAGGAGCGGGAUACAUUUCACGUCGUCAACGGCCUCAACAACCAAUCGUGGUUCUUCCACUCGCCGCUUCAAUACUGGUCCUGCUCACGGGAGCGCAUAUCCGAUGAUGAAAACAUCGUCUCCACGGUCAACGCCAAGAAAACACAGCCGACGUCGGUUAAUGUUACUCUCAGGCAUUCCAUCGUCUUCAGCGGAAAGCGCUUCGAAGACAGAAAGCUCUUGGCAGCCGAUGCACUCGUCAUCACCUUGAUCCAUAUGCGUGAUUCGCCCGUCGGCCGUCAAUGGGAGAGAAGAGCUGAAGCACUUGCAACCCGGAUGAAGGACAAAUGGACCGCUUACCCGGCGGACGGGAAGAGCAUGUCCAGCCAGUUGUACGAGUUCCAGUUCAUGCCAAUAUCCAUGCAAGACACGGUGAUUCUUGCCCUCGCGUACGGCCUGGCAGGCGUCUACUUUUUCUACAGUCUCUCUAAACUGAGAGCGGUCAAGUCCAAGAUCGGCUUGAUAGUCACGGUCUUUGUACAGGUCGUUGUCUCCAUCAUGUCUAGUUUUACGGUAUGCGCCAUCUUCCGUGUCGAUUUGUCCGGCAUUCCGCAAGCGGCGUAUCCUGUGGUGGUCCUCUCGAUGAGCCUCGAAAACAUAUUCAGACUCAUCAACGCCGUCAUCAUGACUCCCUCGGAGAACAGCACGAGCAGUCGAAUCAGCCGCGCGUUUGGAGAGACAGCACACGUUGCGUUGGCUAGCUCGGCGCAGAAUGUCAUCAUCCUGUGGGGUCUGUCCAAGAUCGUCUCGCCCGGCGUAUCCGCGUUCUGCACCUUUGUGGCUGUUGCUAUUGUUUUCGACUUCUUCUACAUGUCUACCUUUUUCCUGGCCGUCCUCAGUGUUGAUGUGCGACGGACAGAACUCAGCGACGCACUGGCCAAAGCGUUUUUGAAGAACAAGCGACACGGACAGGAGCAGCCGCUGAAAUGCAGCUGGUUCGAGGCGAUGCUGCAGGGCAAGAUAGCUCUGUCCACCCGCAUCGCUGGUACAGUCAUCAUGAUCACUUUUGUCUUGAUAGCGCAGUGGCACUUUUUUGAAAACGACACAUUCAUCCGGCUCCUGCGGGGGGUUUUUAGGAUCUCCAGAGACACCGUCAGCUUCAGCCAGCCAAAGAGCUCGCUGCUAGUCGACAUCCACCAAGCGCGAAGCCCUACAUCUUGGCUUCGCCUUCAAGAUCACGAAAGUGCUCGCGAGGUCAUCAAUGUCAUCAAGCCGCGGUCCCAUAGUUACAUCGCCCGGGUGUAUGACCCCUUGGUAUUCGUCCUCAAGGGCGCAGAUCGCACGCCCGUCACGCCGGAGCGCCCCCUGCUGCCGGCCUUGUACGAUUUCAUCGACCAUCACUUGAAGCACUUCCUCGCCACCGUACUGUUCAUCGUUUCGGCUGUCCGUCUUCUCAUGAACUAUCUUCUUUGGGGAGACGAUGCCGAGUCGAGACGUAACGAUGACAUGAGCGACCAACCUCUGUUGGCGAUCGAAUCUCUUCCAGAAGCUCAUUCUUUGGAUGUUGUCUUGAUGUCAUCAUCGUACGACGGGCAUAUCAUCUCUGUUGGACUGGAUCGGGCAAUUCGUGUGUGGGACGUCCGGUCAGGAGGUGGUGAUUACUCGCUGGCCGAUAUCGAGCCGCCCCCUGAGAACCCCUUCCCGAUUCUGGCAGUUGCCACGGACAAGAAAUCCAGCUGGUUGGCCUUGUUGUCAUCUCACAGGGUGUUUCUAUGGAACCUUGUCGAGCAACGUUGGGGUCAGCCAGUCCCAGUAGAACUGAAUGGCCAGAAGCCAGAGGGAUUCUUCUUUGGCACCCCGACCUUUGACUUCGCAAGCCCGCUUGUCGUUGUCCGCCGAAACGGGACCAUGACGCAGAUCAUUCCUGGAAUGAAAGAGCCGAUGGAGUUUACAAUCUGCAAGAGCCCCCUGGUCUCGGUCCGACCGCUUGUGCAAAAGAUUGCUCCGUACGGCUCUUCGCAGCUGUCGAUACUUACGACAUCAAGAAAGGGCUGCAUUCAUGUGGCGACCCAGCAAGAGAACGACACCUGGGCGUCACAAGGCCUCGAUGCUCACUCUGUCGAAGAUCGAGAUGCGAGCCAGAUCGUACCACUGUCGGCUCUCAGCUCGUUCCUAGUCGCCAGGUCUCAGACGGUGGACCUCUUUGACGCGAAAUCGAAAACUCUCCUUCACACCUUUGAAACAGAACCCAUCCAGCCGCGGUCGCUGAGGUGCGUCCAUUCCUCGCGACGGAAGCCGCAAUGCGGUUCGAUCGGCCUCGUUUCAUUUGGCAUCGCGUACAACCACACAGAGACGGGUGAUUGUAUCAUCCACACUUUUACGCCCAAGGAGGAUGGCAACGUCAUUUGUUUCCGCAAUAUGGAACUCCCCUCCAGUCGCAACUGCAGUGGUUGGUCCGAGACGAUCGAGUCGAAGCGUCAAAUCCGCAAUCCGGGCACAUGGGAAACACUACCCAACGGCUUCCUCGUGGGCGUGCGGAGAGUUAUUGACGACAGCGGGUCAAGCAGUGGCGAGUCGUCCCCCACAACCACCGGUGGCCUCCGCCGCAGGAUGUAUCAGCGGCUGGAGAAACGGCCGAGCAAGUCAUUGGACAACUGGGAGGUCUGGGUGGCUUCACAGCUGGGAGGAGAGGAGCUGUAUGAAACGAGGCCACUCCACGACAACUACGAGAUCGGCUCGCAUCUCAUCAUCUCAGGACUCGGUCCAAUGGUCAAGGUCGGCACGGCGUCGGUCGCAGUUGGUUUCGGCAAUGUCAUCAAGCUCAUCACGGUUGGGCAUCAGCAUUUCGAAGACUUGGCUGAGAACGAGAACGGUGAUUCUAUUCCAAUUGGUAGCCGACGAAGGAAACCAGCAGCGGUCACGCAUGCCCGUAUGCAGGUCCCAUCGUGGAUAUAA